GAUUCGUCAUCAGCGUCUUCAUCUUCACGCUCCGGCGAUGCUGCUAAGAGAAGCGCCAGCAAAUCAUCGCAUCCGGACAGUAAGAAGAAGAAGCUCAAGACGAUGUCGCCUACUGUUCAUCCCAUCAGUCCUGUUAUGAAGCCCCAGAGAAGCGAUAUGAAGACCACGAGCCAUGACUUAUUUGGUAGUGACAGCGACGAUGAUCGUGAAGAGAUAGCAGCAAGUAAUUUAAAGGCACCUCGAGUAUCUUCCUCGCGGAAGAUUGAAAAAGAAUCCGGAAUUGAUAUCAAUGAACCUAAUAAUGAAUUAAUAGAAAAAGAUAUUGAUAUCCAUAAUCCUAGUAAUGAAUUAAUAGAAAAAGAAAUUGAUAUCCAUGAUCCUAACAAUGAAUUAAUAAUAUGCAAAAAAUGUCAGAUUGAAUUACCGAAAACUGAAUUGAAAUAUCAUUUAAGAACUAAUGUACAUAAGUCAAAUAGUUUAGUUCAAAGCCAUUUUAACAAUAUCUUUGUAAUUGCAAGUGCUUUCAAAAACAGAAUCAUAACAUAUCGUUUAAACCCUGCACAAGGUGUUGAAUACUGUACACCCGAAGCAUUCUUGUGUGAGAAUACGAACGAUGUCCUGAAACUUAUACAUAUGUCUUUAUUGAAGAAUACUUGUGUCAAGAUUAACUUCGAGUUGUUUGCCCACUUUGUGUUACCAAAAACAAGUGAGCAACAACUUAAGUCGUUUAAUACGAAAUAUAAAGUUAUUUGUAAUAACACGAUUUUAAGUGACUUCUAUUCGAAUGCUAUUGAACUUUUAAAAUGCAAAAUGUCAGAAUUCGAACACAAAGAAUCUGGAUGGUCUUUUAAAUCAGUGAGCCAUCUUGAAAUCAAUGUUAAUAAAUAUUGUCCUAUGAGAGGUGGUACUUACCUUGAAUUACCAAAAAAACUUAAAAACUCGAAAAGUUGUAUUAAUAUUCAAAAUAAUGACAAUUGCUGCUUUUUAUGGAGUGUAGUAGCUUCAUUAUAUCCCGUUAAGAAGAAUGUAUGCAGGACUAAUUCGUAUCCACAUUACAGUUCUAUAUUUAAUAUUGAAGGGAUGUCUUUCCCUGUUUCAUAUGAAGACAUAAAAUUAUUUGAGACCAACAAUAAUAUAAGUAUCAAUGUCUAUGGAGUAGAAAAUAAGAGCGAAACAGUAACCGGCCCUCUAUAUUUAACAAACAAAAGAAGAUCUAUACAUGUAAAUUUGUUAUAUUUAGAAAGAAAAGGAAUGAGUCAUUACUGUCUUAUCAAAGACCUGGCACGUUUAGUACGAGGACAAGUAACAAAUCAUAAAGGUAAUUUUUUUCUGUGUGAGUCAUGUUUACAAUUUUAUAGCUGUGAAACUAAGUAUAGAUCUCAUAUCUGUUCUAAAACUUUAUCAAUUUUACCUGAUAAAAAUAGUAAACUGGGUUUCAAGAAUUAUGAACGAAAACAAAAAAUCAACUAUGUAAUUUACGCAGACUUUGAAAGUCUAUUGGUAAAUUGUUUCGAAAAGAAAUCUGAAAACACACAUAAUUUAAAAAAACACCAACCUUCAUGUUUUGCAUAUUACAUAUGUUGUUCACAUGAUCCCCGCCAAAAUAGAUAUGUAACAUAUAGAGGUCUAGAUUGUGUGGAGGUAUUUAUCACUAGAUUAAUAGAAGAUGUGAAGAAAAUAAAUGAUAUAUUAUUAAUUAAAAAACAAAUGAUACCUUUAACUAAAAAAGAACAAACCCAAUAUAACAAUGCAAGUACUUGUCAUAUUUGUGAUCGCUUGUUACUCGACGAUAAAGUGCGUGACCACGAUCAUGUGACAGGAAAGUAUAGAGGACCUGCACAUACUCAAUGUAAUCUAAUGUUUAGAGUAUGUCCAUUUAUACCUGUAAUUUUUCAUAAUUUAUCGAAUUAUGAUUCCCAUCUUUUUAUAAAAGAAUUAGCAAAACAUAAAGGUCAUAUUAAAAUAAUACCCAAAACUAAAGAAAAAUAUUUAACCAUUACUAAAUACAUAGAUCAUGAUAAUAGUAACCGUCCUGUACAAAUUAAAUUUAUUGAUUCGUUUCAGUUUCUAAGCUCAAGUUUAGAUGCACUAAGCAAAAGUUUGACAGAUAAAGAUUUUUUGCAUUUAUCAACGGAAAUGAGAAAUGAUAAUUUAAUAUAUUUGCUCAAAACUAAAGGUAUUUAUCCUUAUGAUUACAUGAAUACUUGGAAAAAGUAUGAAGAAACAAAACUUCCUCCGAAAGAAUUCUUUUAUAACACAUUGAAAAUGGAGCAUAUUACCGAUGAAGAAUAUAAGCAUGCAAAAACUGUAUGGGAUGCAUUUAAAAUAACAACUAUUGGCGAGUAUACUGAUCUAUACCUGAAAUGUGAUGUUUUAUUAUUGUGCGAUAUAUUUGAAAAUUUCAGAAAUAUAAGUUUAAAAUAUUAUAAAUUAGAUCCUGCCUACUACGUAACUGCACCUAGUUUAAGCUGGGAUGCUAUGCUGCUCUAUACACAGGUUGAGCUUGAUUUAAUAGAUGACUUAGAAAUGUAUCAAAUGCUAGAGAAGGGCAUACGCGGUGGUCUAGCACAGUGCUCAUUACGUCAUGCGAAGGCUAACAAUAAAUAUUUGCCAGAAUUUAAUGAUCUAGAACCUUCUAGUUAUUUGAUAUAUCUCGAUUGCAAUAAUCUGUAUGGUUACGCAAUGACUAAAAAGUUCCCAAUUACAGAGUUUCGUUUUCUAAAUCAGAAGGAAGUUAAUUGCUUUGAUGUAAUGAGUAUAUCGGAUGAAAGUCAAUAUGGUUUUAUAUUAGAAGUAGAUCUCGAAUAUCCCGAGCACGUACAUGAUUUUCAUAGUGAUUUACCUUUUGCUCCUGAAAAGUUUAUACCACCAGGGGGAAAGACAGCUAAACUUAUAGCUAAUUUAUAUGAUAAAUUUAAUUAUGUAAUAUAGGCUUCAGUGUUUUAGAAUAUGCUAAAUUACAUCUUUAUCAGUAUCAUUAUAAUAUGAAAAAGAAAUACAUGAAUAAUAUAAGACUUUGUUACACAGACACUGACAGUCUACUCUAUUUAAUAUAUACAAAAGAUAUUUACAGUGAUAUAAAAAAUAAUUUAAAAGAUUUUGACACAAGUAAUUUUCAUUUAGAUAAUCCUUAUUUAAUACCACGAAUAAAUGAAAAAGUUCCUGGACUCUUUAAAGAUGAACUAGGUGGUGACGUGAUCACUGAAUUCACUGGCUUAAGAGCGAAACUUUACUGUUUGCUAUCUUCCAAAGUACAAAUAAAAAAAGCAAAAGGUAUUUCAAAAUCAGUUACAAAUAGACUAGAUAUAUCGCAUUACAAUAAGGCAUUAUUUCAUAAUGAGAGUAAAUCAUGUAAAAUGAAUAUGAUUAGGUCAAUCAAGCAUGUAUUAUACACACAAGAAGUGAACAAAGUGGUGAUGAACAAAAACGAUGAUAAACGAUACAUACUCCCAAAUCAAAUUGAGACAUUACCUUGGGGUCACUAUAAAACUCUAU